UCCUAAGUAUUGUUAUAGUGGAAUUUUUUUUACUUCUGAGAAAUCCUUUCUCUAGAAUGGCUCAAAGAAGGUGGUCCUCAUUAGGAUUUUUAGUCAUUAUCUACGUCAUAUUCUUCUCCCCUUCGAUCAAAGCUCAAAUUAUAAGAGGUAACAGGAAACAUUGUAUACACGAAGGAACCAUGUAUCAAGAUGGAGAUUCUUGGGAUCCCAACCCUUGCACAUAUUGUAAAUGCGUCUAUGGAAAAGCAGAAUGCAGGACGUACCCUUGCAGUCCAUUACAAUGUCCAGAAAAUGAGAGAUACGUUCCAGAAGGAGAGUGUUGCCCCAUGUGUAUAGAUUAUUCCAAGAAAGAUUCAUAUGAUCAUAAGCAUCCUUUGAAUGUUCCCGAUCCCAAGGCUAACAUUAUGGAUAUUGAGGAAGAUAGGAAACAAGAAAAUAGGAAUUCAGCUUCGGAUAACGGAGAAGGAGAUAAUGACGAAGAUGAAGAGGAUGAUAUUUCGGAUCCAGUUUAUGAUCAAUACCAUCGUUACCCACAGAACAUGGUUGAAAACAUGAACAAUGAAACCAAACAUUUAAUAGGAGUGGGACAAUCGGACAAUGCCUACCAGCAACACCCACAACAACACCCACAACAACAAACACAACAAACCACACAACAAAGAGACGGAAGGCCUGGACCACAUGGAAGACCUGGUUCAAGGGGUGACCCUGGUUCUGAAGGACAUAAUGGUAGACCAGGAGAAACCGGCGCCCCGGGAAGUCCACCUGACUUAAACGCAUGGUACAGAAAUGUAGUUAGCGUCACGGGCUCUGACGAUAAAGCUGACACAUAUGGUGCCGCUAGGAUGAAUUAUAUACAAGCCCAAGUUGGUCCGCCCGGUCCUAGAGGAACAAGUGGACACACUGGAUUACCUGGAGGCCAAGGUUUGCAAGGACCAAGAGGAGAAACUGGCGAUCCUGGGCCAUUGGGACCACCAGGAAUGCCAGGAUCCCAAGGCAUAUCUGGAAUACCUGGAAAAGAUGGUGUUCCUGGCAGAGAUGGUGAAACUGGACCUAGAGGAGAACCGGGACCAUUAGGACCUAGAGGAGCUCCUGGAUUACCCGGAUUCCCUGGAUCGAAAGGACAUAUGGGAUUUACAGGUCCAGAUGGACCCAAAGGAGAUAAAGGCGAACCAGGAGAUAGGGGAGAAAUCGGCCUCAGAGGAGAAAUAGGUCUACAAGGUCCUACGGGUCCUAGAGGUCCGGCAGGUGAAAGAGGCAAGGAAGGCCCAUCAGGACCAGCUGGUUUAAGAGGCGUGGAAGGAAUACAAGGCCCUCAAGGAUCUCCUGGUGCAAUCGGCCCUUCUGGAUUACCUGGAUUUCCUGGUUCGGCAGGCGCCAAGGGUGAUUGCGGACCAAGUGGUCCUAAAGGAAGUGUAGGAUUGCAAGGACCGAGAGGAAUCAACGGAGAACCUGGUCUACCCGGAGACGCUGGCCCAGCUGGAAGAGUUGGAUCUGAUGGAUUACCCGGCGAAAAGGGAGCAGACGGUCAAACUGGACCUAUAGGGUUUCCUGGUCUGGUAGGACUUAGAGGGCCACAUGGAGCACAAGGAAAGGAAGGUCCUUCCGGGAAAAAAGGAGAACAGGGAAUUCAAGGAGAGCCAGGAGUCCGAGGGGAAGCAGGAACAAAGGGUUUACCUGGAGUACCUGGAGAGACGGGGCUAACUGGACCUGCCGGUGAAACUGGGCCUAGAGGACAACGUGGUUUGCCCGGCACGCCUGGGUUACAAGGACCAGGAGGAGAUAGGGGUCUACCAGGAGAUUUAGGUUUACCCGGGUUAACAGGACCUGGUGGUCCAAGAGGUCUACAGGGAGAAAGGGGGCUAAUUGGUCUGACCGGGGGUAAAGGACCGACGGGUGAUCGAGGUAUUCAAGGAAAAUCUGGACCAAGAGGAUUUAGAGGACUACCCGGAAAUCAAGGACCUGAAGGUAGAAUAGGAAAACAAGGACUACCAGGGUCAAGAGGAGAAGAUGGCAAGCCAGGUGAAGCAGGUGCUAGAGGAUUGCAAGGAUUGCCAGGAAUGAUUGGGCCAAGUGGACCUAGGGGAACAACGGGAUUACCAGGCCAUGAUGGAUUGCACGGAUCGAUUGGUCCUACGGGACCUAAAGGCGAGAAUGGAAAAGAUGGCACUAUCGGACCUAUUGGACUCCCCGGACCACAUGGGGAAACCGGUCCAAGAGGAACUCCUGGUUUGAUAGGAGCACAAGGUUUUCAAGGUCUACAGGGGUUGCCUGGUAUAGUUGGAAGCCAAGGAAAAUCUGGGGAUCCUGGACAACAGGGCGAAAGAGGAGAAGUUGGACCCGCCGGACCUAGGGGAGAUAGAGGUGCACCUGGCGAAAGGGGGGCUAGAGGACCAGGUGGUCCUCAAGGUAUAAGGGGAGCGAUUGGAAGUGCUGGACCUGAAGGCCAAAAAGGAGAACAAGGUUUGAUCGGAGAAAAGGGAUUACCAGGAACUCCUGGAAUUAUCGGAAUACCAGGUGGAAGAGGUAGCCCAGGAGAAGCUGGACCCAAAGGAGAACAAGGCAUAACAGGACUACAGGGACAACAAGGACCAGAAGGUAAACAAGGAGAACAGGGAACAACUGGCCCUAGUGGACCUGCAGGAAAUAUAGGCUUGCCAGGAUUGAAGGGUGAAGUAGGUUCGCAAGGUAAUCCCGGAGAACAAGGACCAAGAGGAGAUGUGGGCAUGAAGGGACCAACCGGAGCUCAAGGCCCGCACGGUUUUACUGGACCUAUUGGCUUACACGGACCUCAAGGAGCUAAAGGAAGUGAUGGCUCACCUGGACCAAAAGGAGAAAUGGGAGGACAAGGAUCACAGGGUAUAACAGGUUCACAAGGCCUCAGGGGAUUUCCAGGAUCUAAUGGUGCGAAAGGCGGAAGAGGUGAAGCAGGCCCUAGGGGUGAAAUAGGAAGAAUAGGACUUCCAGGUCCACAAGGUCCUCAAGGUCCAUCUGGUAUCAAAGGAGAAGCAGGUCCACAAGGUUCUAGAGGCCCUUCUGGGGCAAAAGGUUCUCCAGGUGAGAUCGGUUACACUGGCCAGAAUGGAAAAGACGGAGUUAAUGGACCAGCAGGACCUCAAGGGAUCAAAGGAGAAAAAGGCAUAACUGGAGAUUUAGGUCCACAAGGAUUGAAAGGACCUGCAGGACCAGUGGGAAAAUCUGGUACUCCGGGAUUGCAAGGUUUGCCAGGAAUCAAAGGAUCCCAAGGCUUUAGAGGCUUAUUGGGAGAAACUGGAAAACAGGGCGCUAAAGGAGCUCAAGGAGAGAGGGGCUCUACAGGACUUCAAGGUACCGCGGGAGAACCUGGAUUACCCGGAGAACAAGGAGCCCCAGGAUUCAGAGGAUCUGAUGGUCAGUCCGGGCCUCAAGGCUUGAGAGGUGAAACUGGAAGUCAAGGAGAAACAGGACCUACCGGACAACCUGGGCCACCCGGAUCUAUAGGACCUAUAGGAGGAACUGGAGCUGCUGGAACUCCUGGUGAUAGAGGAGCCAAGGGUGAUACAGGUUUAACCGGAAUACCAGGCAGAGCGGGACCUAUAGGAUCCCAGGGAUCACCUGGAAAACAAGGAACUAAAGGUGAAACUGGAGCGGAGGGAAAACAAGGUCGCAAAGGACACAUGGGUCUAAUCGGAAUGACAGGAGUGCCCGGUCCUUCGGGUGAAGCUGGUCCCCCAGGAAAAGAUGGAGCUCCUGGACCACCAGGAGUAUCGGGAGAGAGAGGAGCAAGAGGACUCCCAGGCAGAGACGGAGAACCAGGUCUUCGAGGACCUAGUGGACCAAUUGGCUUGCCGGGCUCACAGGGUGAAUAUGGGCCAAAGGGACCAAUAGGAGUGAGAGGAGAACCAGGACUUCCGGGACCACCAGGAGACAGUUACUCUUUCGAUGCCGCUACAUUGGCCGCUUUAUUUGCCCAAUCUCAGACCAAGGGCCCACCAGUUUACGAUCAUUUAACUCAAGCAGACAGUCCAUUUGUGCCAGUUCAUGGCAGGAAGUCGUCUAGCGAUAAAGACGGGAAAGAUGCGCAGGCUGAACAGAUAGACCCUUUCAAAUUGAUUGAACUAUGGAACAAGGUCAAACUCGAUUUCGAUAAAUUUGUGCGCAAGGACGGAAGCAAAGAGAGUCCCGCGAAGACUUGUAAAAAUCUGUUUGCCAAGUUUCCCGAAAAGACUUCUGGUAUGUAUUGGAUAGAUCCCAAUGAAGGAUCUUCCACCGAUUCUAUCGAAGUUUACUGCAACCGAGAAACCUAUGCGACUUGUAUUUUCUCCAGUCCCAAAAUGGUAAGAAAGGAUCAACAUUUUAGAACUAAAACUUCCAAUCACGUGUGGUUUAGUAAAGAAAUGGACGAUGGAUUCCAGUUCACUUACAAAGUUGAUCAAAUCCAGUUAGCUUUCUUGCAAUUACUCAGUUCCUCUGCCAGUCAAAAUAUAACUUACAAUUGCUUAAAUUCCAUAGCUUACUUCGAUCCCGUUAAUGCAGAUGCUCCUUAUGAAAAAUCCAUAAAACUCCUUACCAACAAUGAUCUCAUUUUGAUGGCCAAAAAUCACCCCAAUUUCGAAUACGAAAUCAUUCAAGAUGAUUGUCACAUAAAAGACGGCAACUGGCAUCAAACUGUGAUUCAUAUAAGCUCUUCAAAAACUUCGAGACUUCCUAUCCUCGAUCUUGCAGUCGCUGACAUAGGCGGACCUGAUCAACAAUUCGGUUUAAUUAUUGGCGACCCAUGUUUCGUUUGAAAGAAUAAUUAAAACAGAUUCACGAAUUAACACCAGAUAUAUAGAAAAGAAAUUUAUGACUAAAUAUUUUUUUUUAUAAUCAUAUUUUGCUACGAAUUAUUAAAAUUAAAUACUUAUAAUUAUUUUUAUACUUAAUGAAUUUUAAGUUGUAUUUUUUUAUAAUUUUUUUU